AUCUCCAAAUGGCAAGCAGCUGUCAUAAUCGGCACUGUCUCGCUCGAAUCCCUCAUCGGCUCAAUGCUUGGAGGGAUUCUCAUCGUCAGUCUACCUACAAUGGCACGUGACAUUGGACUUUCUGGCAACUUGUUGCUGUGGCCAGCAUCCGUCAACGCUCUCGCCUGCGGGUGCACUCUCCUCCUUUCUGGCUCUAUCUCCGAUGUUGUUGGAGGCAGGAAGAUGUAUCUGAUCGGGGAGUUCUUCGUGGUGGUGACCACUAUAGCUUGUGGCGUUUGCAGAACUGGCAUCGAGCUCAUUCUUUUCCGUGCCGCCCAAGGAGUGGCAGUUUCGUUCUGUCUGCCAUCAUCUGUCUCUCUCAUCACCAACAACAUCCCGUCGGGUACAUAUCGCAAUCUUGCAUUCGCUUGUCUAGGCGCAGGCCAACCUCUUGGUUUCAGUCUGGGACUGGUGAUGGGUGGCCUCUUCGUUGGCAGCAUCGGCUGGCGAUUUGGGUAUUAUAUUGGAGCCAUCUUGACUUUCAUCAUUUGGGUCGUCUCGAUCUUCGGCAUUCCGAAGGACCAAGAGACUGAAAACCAGUCUUUUGCUACCCAACUCCACCGCAUCAAGACUGAGAUCGACUGGAUUGGUUGUGCACUUCUCAGCACCUCGCUCGGGAUGUUCUCGUAUGUGUUCUCCGUCCUCGCAGGCGGCUCAGCACAUUUCCUCGAGCCAGCAUCGCUGGCACUCUUCUCGAUUGCUGUAGUACUGCUCCCAGUUUUCGGCUUCCACAUCUUGAGGCAAGAACGACUUGGUGGAAGUGUCAUCAUCCCUCCUUCAUUGUUACGAAACAGGGUCUUCACUUCCCUAUGCAUCGUAGUCUUUGUGAUGUGGGGAGUCUUUGAAGCCAUGCAGUUCUUCCUAACACUCUUCUAUCAGUCAGUUCAGUCAUUGUCGCCUCUACAAACCAGCCUGAGGUUUUUACCCAUGGUCAUCACAGGUGCUUUGACAAACUUCCUGACAGGAUGGCUUGUGAAGCGGGUGAGAGCAGACAUCCUGGUCAUCUCCUCUGCUGCCAUCACUGCCAUAGCGCCACUACUGAUGGCCAUCAUCGAUCCUAGUUGGUCGUACUGGACAUGUGCUCUUUUUGCUACAGCGUGCGUGCCAAUCUGUGCUGAUUGUCUGUUCACGGUCGCACAGCUGGCCAUCACAUCUGUGUUCCCUCCACGGACUCAUGGUCUAGCAGGAGGCGUCUUCAACACCAUCUCCAACAUUGGAAAUAGUGUCGGGCUGGCAUUGACGGCUGUCGUCGCAUCUGCUGUCACCAUGUCUGAGGACGGACGAAAGGUCAGCACACCUCAGACUCUCAUGGAUGGAUAUCGAGCUACCUUUUGGUUGUGCUUUGCACUUAACGUCUUGAUCUUGGGUGUCAUUUGGUUUGGGCUGAGAAAGAUUGGAAAAGUGGGCAUCAAAGUGGAGUAG